UCAUUUAGACUCAACUGGUCAUGUCUCCUUAAAUGUAAAAGGAUAGUGUAACAGAUUUUUAGUUUUCAGUUUGUUAAUUUUAAGUUAUUUUAGAUUCGGAUUCACAGCUACACCAACACAGAGGAAAGGACCCUUUAAUACAAAUUAAAGUCCAGUGUUCUGCACCAGGGUUAAACAAUAACCAAGUCCAGUCUGGAGUCAGCUCCCCGUUUACCUUGGCGCCGGUGAAACGGGGUUCUACAGAAUAGCACACUGCAUGUCAUCAUUCUCAAGGAGAUAUUUUUACGAGAAACAGACGCUCUGAUCAGCCAGACAGCAGCUUCAUCAGUGUAAUACACCACCCAAACCUCAGAGAAGUAUGUACAAAGAUAGAAAGAUGAGGAUAUUCUGUCUGUUUCUGACAGCUAUUAUCAGCCCUGUGAUUACUGAAGAAUGGAGGGCCAAUGUUGUAAAAGAACUUGACGCCCUGGUCACAUCCUGUGUUGUGGUACCCUGUUCAUUUACCCAUCCUAACGAGAAGCUGCCCACCUCCAGACUCAGAGGGAUCUGGCAUCGUUCAACUGAUAGAAACCAACGCAUCUAUUUUGAGGAUAGCACGCAGGUCUUGGAAAACUUUAGGGGCCGCACAAAGUUGUUGGGACAUCUGGGUCAGAACAACUGCUCUUUAGAAAUUACUAACAUUAAAGAUCAUGACAACGGCCCUUUCUGUUUCCGGCUCGAACUAGCACGAACAGAGACUGAUACAUCCACCGUUGACAAGUUCUCCUUUGUGGAGAGUUGUGUCACGUUCACAAUGCUCCCUGAUCCUCCGAAUCCUACACUGAGUCAACCAAAGACGGCCAUUCAAGAUCGUCCCUACACUAUCACCUGUUCAGUCCGCCAUACCUGCCCCUCCCAUGUGCCUAAACUCACAUGGAGUAGAGGCACAGCAGAUGAGGUAAUAGAGGUCCACAAGGAAACUGGUUUUGGCUACUGGGAGGCCCAGUCCAUCCUGACCAUCAUUCCUGAGGAGAAGGAUGAUCACAGUGAUGUCACCUGUACAGCACAAUUUAAUGGACAGAAGACAUCAUCUGCAACAUUGAAACUCUAUGUAAAACGCACAGAAAACUAUAACCACAUCAUAAUUCCUACGGUGGCGGUGAUUGGUACAGCUGUGAUCUUUGCAGUCUUUUGCAUUUUCAUGGUGAAAAGAUACAAGAAACGCAUUGCAGAGCUCCAAAGUGGGGAUGGCAGCAUGUGGAACCGGCUGUCCAGGCUCUCUCGCAGGAUUCGCUCUGACGGCCCAGGACCAUCUCGUUCUGAUCAAAGAAGGUCUAUGUGGAGCAGAUUUUCAAGAAGGCCUAAAGGGGAAACAGUGGAUUGGGGUCAUACGCCUAAAAAUCUAAACUCAAAAUCCUGUGCUGACCAGAAAGCCUCCAAGGCUCGUUUCCCAUCCCCCAAAAGCCAGCCAAAAUCCUGCAAUUACCAAGAGGACCUUGCUGAUGGUGACGAUUACAUGAACACUGCAGACCUCAACAUCUAUGGAAACAUCUGAAAAACACCAGCAAACUAAUCUAAUCAGAUUCAUUAUGAUCUGAUCUGUAAUAAGAGCAUCUGAUGACUGCAGUUUUGUUGGACAUGACUACUAUGAUCAUCUCAAUCAAAAUAUAUUUAAUUAUGUCUUAUAAAUUGAUC